GAGAAAGCAGCCGCCAUCGCACGCGUAGACUGUGCGUGAAUUCGAUGUCGAAUAAUCUAGUCAACAGUGAUAUUGAUCUAGAGAUAAUCUAUUCACACCGAACAGAAGUUUGCGAUUUAUUAAAAGGAAACUCUUUGGAAUCAAAUUUAAAAUCUAGUGCGAUCUCUUUGGAAUUGGAAUAUGUGGGUGUUACAACGUGAAGUGUGCUUGUUAUUUUGCAUUUGUGAGUGAUGUUUCGCAAUGUUUUCGAAUUUCAAACUGCCUUUGUUGAAGCAAAAGGCGAAGGAGGAACCAAUAUACUGCUACAGGAGCGUCAAAACGAAACCGCCGAAGACACCGACUCUGUCUCGGGCGAAGCGACAUCAAAGACGUCGGUCAGAGCCGGGUAUAGUACCAUCAAUAGUGGGAUUCACCAAAGACUCUGUGGCACAAGAAUCAGACCGGUUGGCACCUGGUGACAGGAUCUGCAGUGUCAACGGAAUAUCUACGGCCAGACUUACCAAUGACGAAGUACUACGGUUGCUGGAUAAUGUCGAGGAGAGAGCGUCACUGGAAGUCGAAUAUUACAUGCCUAACUAUGCAUCUCAAAAUUCCUUAUAUAUUACAACGAAGCUAGCAGAAGUUCCUGUGGAGAAGAUAAACGGUUCUUUGGGCAUCACCAUAAGAGGUGGUCUACCUGAGAAUUCCGCGCCAAGCGCAGAUUUGGUACUAAAUAGCAGAUCUUUAGAUGCACAACCAUUAGUAGUCACCCAUGUUAGACCUGGAGGAGCAGCAUAUAAUACUUCCAGAAUCAAACCAGGCGACAGGUUGCUAAAAGUGGAUCAUAUAUCAUUAACGAACAAAACAUUGUCAGAUGUUCAUCAAAUUCUCCAAAAUUGUCCUCAAAUAACAAGCCUUACCAUAGAAUACGAUGUGUCUAUAAUGGAAUCAGUCAAAUUAGCCACAGGACCUUUACUAAUAGAAAUAGAAAGACCCUGUAAUGAGGACCUGGGAUUGUUUUUGACCAAUCAAAGGUAUUCAGAUGAGGUGUAUAGCACGGGCUCUGACACUUAUCAGAGGGUUGGUACGAGUAACGCCAUCUAUAUAGACAGUAUACUACCCGCUAGCAUUAGUGACAGAUGUGGUGCUUUGCAUCCUGGCGACCAACUUCUGGCGUUCGACGAUCAUGUUAUCGAUGGCAAUAAUUACACGGCUGAAGAGGUCAUGUGCUAUUUAGAGAAUUGCGAGGGCGGCUUUACUAGACUUCAUGUAGCUCCAAGACACGUUAUUGGACACGGUGGUGGGAGAUUUACGAGAGAAAAUUCUAUAUCUGGUACCCUAAAUACUAAGAAACACCGACAAAGAAACUAUAGACAAAGUUCCAUGCCAAAACUAGGACUACAGGAUGAUUAUGACAACCAACAAAACUACAUGAGCCUAAGCGUGUGUCGGACGGAAUCAUUAAAUAUUCAAUUGGAAGUACCUCCUGGACAGAGCAGUGGGUUAGCGGUACACGAGGAGAAUGCGACACUUGUGAUCUCUCAUGUAGCUGCCCAAUCACCAGCUUACAGGUCUGGGUGUCUCCAAAUAAGAGAUAGGGUGAUGUCAAUCAAUGGACAUGAAAAUCUCACCGUUGAUGUUGCUAAUGAAAUCUUACAACGUAGAAAUGACUCGCACAAUGCCAAAUAUUUAACUUUGAAUGUCGAAUUCAGUAUGCCUAACACUAUAGAAGCAUCUAGUGGUGUGUUUAAUGUUAAAUUGGCCAAAACGACAGCCGGGUUAGGUGUUACAAUAACAGGAUGUAAGCAAAAGUUGUUGAGUAACGAAGAACCAAUGGUCAUAUCGGAUAUUAAACCUGGAUCUGUAGCUCACCGAAGUGGUGCACUGGCACCAGGAGACCAACUGCUAGCUAUCAAUGGCCAACCACUGCACAACCUUUCACUGGACACAGCUUUUAAUAUUUUGCAAAAUUCACCUGAAGACAUAAUAACACUUAAAAUUCGGAAACGUGAUUUAACAGAAGAUUGGUCAAACAUUCACAAGCAAAACGCUAAACUCACGUUACAGAGUUUUAGUAAUAUAGAAAUCAAAGCCGUAGUUCAUAGCGGUGAAGAUUCCGGUCACCAUACUGAUAGUCCAAAUAAUAGUGCAAAGGAAAGUGAAAGAAGUAAUGGUAGUAAUGAAAACGGCAAUACAGCUGUUUUUACAAUUGAACUAAUUAAACAAGAAAAUGGACCCUUAGGUCUCACAAUCGCUGGCAGCGAAGAUGUUAACCAGCCUAUUUUACUUAGUGGAUUAGUUGAAGGUGGCGUAGCAGAAAAAUGUGGAAAAUUAGCGAUAGGUGACGAAUUGCUGACAAUAAACGGUGAAAGUGUUCUAAACAAACCACUGUCAGAAGCUAUUAAACUUUUACAACAGAGUGGACAAAGGGUGCAACUGCAGCUCUGUAGAAAAAUGACAGGACCGCCGGAGAGUGCUGAAUGCAGUGCAAGAGAUUCGAGUCAUUCCACAUCUAGCCCUGGACUAUCCAACGACAGUGCAGUGGAAUCUUGGGAUCAGAAUACUCCAGUCAGAACUAGUGCAAAUUGUGCUACAUCAGACGUUAUAGAGUAUGCAGUACCAGACAAAACUCGGAUAGUUGACAAACAGCCGUACUCACCUACAGAUGAAGAUAAACUUCUGGCUUCCAACUACAAUUCAGCUGCACCUUACAGCGUUAAUGAUUUACCUUUACCUAACUAUUCUCUGAACAACUCUCUCAAAACUUUUCAUUAUGAAAACACAUGCAUCAUACCAGAGAGCACCAUCAAGAAUAAAAAUCUCACAAGAGAAGACGAUGUACAACAAAUUGAAAUAUUAACAACAAACAUGAAAGAUUGCCACAUACAUAAUAUGGAGAGAUCCUCUUGCAAAUGUGACUAUGUUCAUAUGGGUCCGUAUGGGAUAGUGUCACCGAAGAACAGACGCCAAAAUUGGGAUAGUGACUAUUUGAAUAACGGAAUAUACACGGUAACUACACCCCAAAAGUCGCCGCAUAAACCAAUCAUGCCAGGAACGAGUUUUCAGUUUUCAACAAGUCCCAUUUACGAAAAUGAUGUGCCAGGCUUAUACAACAGCGACACAAUUUCUCCAACACGAGGCUCCAUUCACCACGUCAUUUUAUACAAAGAUGCCAUAUAUGACGAUUAUGGAUUCUCAGUGUCAGACGGAUUAUACGAGAGAGGAGUUUAUAUAAACAGAAUUAGGAAAGGUGGUCCGGCGGAUAUAGUUGGUCUGCUCAGACCUUACGACAGAAUAUUGCAGGUGAGAGUCUGACGGAAACCAAUUAUCCGUUUUUUUUAAGUCUCGUUACUUUUUUAUUAAUGAAUUUUAUUGUAAGUAUAACAAAUAAAAUGCGGUCAAUGUUAUUAGAAUACUUCAGUUCAGUUCAGUUUUCUUUACUGAAUACUACCUACCAACACCAAUUUUAGUGGGAUUCAAUGAAUGAUAGUUAAUACUUAAUUUAUACUAUCAGAUUUCUAGCAGCAACUUUUCAGUUUCUUCAAUACAAAUGUCACCCCUAUUGCAACCCCUUGGGGGUAGAAUCGCUGCAGGAUCUGCAAAAAAUGCUUUUCGUCCUGCUGAAACUGCCAAAAUGCCUGAAGACCCAGGUAUUCAAACAAAGUGAAAAGUGGAACAUGGCAGUGAAACUGGCCCAUCGACUAAAUGUCACUCAGCGAGCUAUGGAAAGGUCUAUGCUCGGAGUUUCUCUAAAGGAUAAAAUCCGGAAUGAUGGCAUCCGACAGUAGACUAAAUUGAUGGAUGUUCAUUCAUCAGAAAAUAACUUAAAUUCAAUUUGAUUGAGACAUUAUUGUUUAUAUUUUGGUAAAUUCUUUUACUCAGGUCAAUGGAACCAGGACAGUUGACUACGAUUGCUGCUUGACGGUACCCCUUAUCGCCUCAGCGGGCGAUCGCUUAGAAAUCGUGGUUCAAAGGCUAGCCUCAUCCCGAGACCUCAAAAACCAAAGGUUAGUCGACUGUUCCAGCCCAAGUGACAGUAGUAUUGUAACCAAAACUAUCUAGUGUAUAACCCGACUUUAGUGAAACUAAACCAAAGACAUACAGCUAAAGUACUUAAAGACGUGUAUUGAAACCAUCAUUAGUCAAAAUAAUUAAUAGUAAUAAUAAAGUAGGUUUGAUGUUAAUAAAUGAAACGAAAAAUUCAUUUAUUGAAUUGUAUGUUUGCUUACUCUGAGCAAGCAAUAAAGUAUUAAAUACUAUUGAAAUUGUGUCCUAAUUACUUUCUACUAAUAAAAUUUAACUAUAAAAUUUAACCGAAAUUGUGAAACAUUAAAAUUGUAACAAUGUGAAAUACUUAAUGAAAAUGUAAUUUUAACAUUAUCAAUAAGACUUAGUAAAUGUUUAGGAUAAUUACGUUUAUAAUAACAUAUAAAUAAGGCACACUCGAAAAAUGUUUAUAAUAAAAUGUGCUAAAAAUGAGUGUUAUCUGUGUAUUUGUUAAUUAAGUCGUUGUUUUAGUGAACCCAAAUCGUGCCUACAUGUUUAAAUAGUUUCAGAAUUAGACAAAUUUAAUUUAUGGAGAUUUAAUCUGCCCUGUAUUAGCUAUGAGAUAUAUAAUGUUUAUUUUAUAAUACAAAUCCAAGUCAUAGUUGUUAUUGCAGUCAGCAUUACAUUUAUCAUCGCAUAGAUUUUUAAAUAGAUGUCGUCUCCAACUGUCAAGUUACAUAUGACGCAGACAACUGGUUAAAACAGCUGAUCAAUUGGACGGCUAGUUUUUGAAUUGAAUGUCGCUUUUAAGUUAUUACCUAUUUGUUUUGUAGUUAAACCAUCAUGACAUUAAAACUUAAAAUAAUAUAAAAUAGUAUCAACAGUCGUUAUAUUUCUUGGUUAUUCAGAGUUAUUUUUAUUCUAAAAGAUGACAACAUAAGUUAAUAGUGUUAUUAAUAAGUGAUAACCAAUAGACUUCCAUGUGAGAGAUUCAAGGAAACUAUAAUUUCAGUUCAGUCAACUGGCUGUUUUUAUUAGUUGAUUACGGCAUAUAGUGAAACGUGGAUAAAGUUGAUAAGGUCUUACUAAUAAGCAAUAUGUAAGCGUUGUUUAGUAAUUAUAGUGUUGUGUCUUUAUUAAUCAAACCAUAAGUCACAUUGGAGUGAAUUUUGAACAAAGUUUUGUUCAAACUUUAUUUACACGUAACACGUUGCUUAAUUCGUUCUACUCAUACAGUUACUUAAAGAACGGUUGUAAGUUUCUUAAAAGCAAGGAUAUUAGCGUUUAAUUAGAUAAAACUUUAGAUAAUUUCAUGGAAAUUACUCUAUUGUCAUGUUUAAAAUCGGUUUUUGGAGAUAGACUUUAUCAGUUAGACUGUGUGCCUUCGCUGUUUAGUGUUUUUAGAUACAAUAUUUAAUUGAAAAAAGUAUUUAUGUUGUAACUGAAUUACACUUUCUUAAAGAUUAAUUUAAUUAAAUAUAUAAAAUUUGAUUUUAAAAUCGGUAUCGGCAAAAUUUUCGCUCGGCAGCGUGCCAAAAUGUUUUCUGCUACCUCACCAAGUUAUUUUCACAAUCUUAUGAAUUUCUAAGUUACUAUUUGCAUUUCGCAUUCGUAAAGUAAUAUCUACUGCAAAAUGCAGUUUAGGAUAUUGAAACUUGAAAAUAUUGCACAUGUACUCUGUUACAUAAAAAUUCAAUGGCAAACAAAAGAAACAAAGGUUUAUAAAUUGAAUUAUAAUAAGCUGUAGUGUCGAUCUUAUAAUUAUACUGUAUAUAAAAAAUCAUUUCCAUCACAAUUUAUGUGAAUAAUAUAAAAAAAAAAUAACGAAAUGUACAUAAUAUAGUGAUUGUAGUAUUACUGUUGUUAAAUCAGACUGAUAGCAAGUUUAUAUAGUUUAGACAUUGUAUUAUAAUAGUUAAUAGGGAUAUUUUGAUCUUUAUCUCUCUGAGUCUUACAGUUGAUAGUCUCUUACCAAAGUUUAAUAAUAAGAUAUAAAAUGUGAAGCUAAACUAUUACUUAGAAAAGGAGGACUUCUUAAACGUACAUUUAAUUAUAGUGUUGUAAAGAUUUUUUAGAUAGAUAAUUUGAUCAAAACAUUGUAAAUUAUCCUUCUUAAUAUAUUUGUGGUUUUUAAAAAGUGUUGGUUGAUAAAGUAAGCCAUAUAUGACGUUUAUUCAUAAGUGCAGGUUACAAUGUCUUUUGUCUUUCCAAUAAUUUAGAUUUUGAUAGUAUUAGGGUUUUUUCCAAAUUCCAUUUAAAAUAUAUUCUUGAUGAACCCAUGACCUUUCGCAAUCCAAGCAAAAUCAUCAGAUCGAGUACCAUCUUAGUGUUUUUUAAGACAUUUUUUCAUUAAGCACGUUUUUCAGUGUAGUAUUGUGAUUGUAAAAUUGAUCAAAUAUAAUAAUUCCGUUUAAUGAUUAUUCUUAACAAUGAUCAUUCGAACAUACACAACUAAAAUAUUGGUUUCAGCAUUAGAAUUAAUGCAAUUAACAUACGUAUUAUUAUUUCUUCUAACUUAUUCAGAAAUUGAUAAUGUCAAGUUAACAUACGUUUAUUUGGACGACAUUAUGCUAAAAUUUUAUUGUAUUUUUUUUCAUUGUACCUGUACAUUAUUCGGCUUAUAUAUUUUUAAGAGACUGGUGUGUUGGUUUAGUAAAUUUAAUCAUAAUACAUUCGCCCGUAUUUAUAUGUAGAUAGUUAGUAAUUUUUUACAUUUUAUUUUUAUACCCUUAAAUUUUAAGAAUAAUUUAUAUUAUUGUCAAUUAAUGUGUAAUUAAUUGUGAAAUAGAGGAAAGCCUAGCUAACGCAAUCUGGUUAAUAAAAUGCGCGUGAAUGAAAUUUUAAAUUUUUUAUUAUACAAUAAUGUUAAGAAUCUACCUAUCCACGUUCCUAUCCCUAAAAUUAGGUCACCUCUGUGGUAGAGUAACUUGUGGUAGAGUUGAUAUAAUGGUUUCAAAAUUGAUUCCAAGUAUGAAUAGCUAGCGAGAUCAAUGUAAAAAGUCUUAAUUGGAAGUGGAACAACUUAUCCAGUCGCUUUAGAAUCGAAAUUCUAAGGAGCAGUUAUGCUUUCUGUGUUUAUUCUCGAGAUUAGCAUAAUACACUUGUAGUCCCACCACAGAUAACCUCCAAUAGAUACCACAUGAUGAUUUUUUUAUUAAAAAAUAAAGAUGCCAAUCUUAGCGGUAACUGCGGAUACGCUAUUGGCUAGUAGAAGGACACGUAUUCCGUAAUGAUGGGAACCAUAACGUAUUAAAGGCGUGUCGAUAUUUGAUCGAUAUUAAAUGUUACUAUUAGAUAUCAUAAAAAAAUAUAUAUAUUAUAUUUAUUUUUUUUAAUUCACAAUUUAUAUCACUGUUAACGAAUUGAUGGAUAAGACAUCCAACGGCAAGGUUUGUAUCAGUCGGUAAGAAUAAAUUUCAAAAAUCGAUUUUGUACAAAGAAAUACUUUUGAAUAAGUUGUAAUUACAAUAAGCGAACAUCAUCACAUUUUAGAUAUUCAAUACAAGCCAAAACGUGAAUUUAUAACCCCGAUAGAAAAAAAAACAGUUCCUCUAAAAAUAACAAUUUUUACAUUUCCUGUAGCACUGGUUUACCUUCUACACUUUCUAAUUUAAAGCUAUGA